CCAUGAAGUCAGGGGCCACCUUCUUCCUCCUGGGGAUCCUGGCCCUCUGGGCCCAGCUGCCGCCUGCGGCUGGGGACCUUUGUAGACUCCCUGCUGACCCCGGGUCCUGUUAUGCCAUGAUCCCUCGCUGGUUCCACGACUGGCAGGCCAAGAAGUGUGAGAAAUUCACCUAUGGAGGUUGUGAUGGGAACAAGAACAACUUUGAGACUCAAACAGAAUGUCUCAGGAAGUGCGGCGGGCACGAUAUCUGCAGCCUCCCCACUGAAGUGGGCCCCUGUACUGCUGCCAUUCCUCGAUGGUUCUACAACUGGCACUCUAAGAAGUGUGAAGAAUUCUCUUACGGUGGCUGCAAUGGGAACAAGAACAACUUUGAGACUAAAGUCGAUUGUCUCCAGGCCUGUGCAGGCCAGGGGUCUCCCUAACUCCUGUCUGCCCGAACCCAGACUCCAGAGGGGAUGAGCUGCCUCAGCCGCACUGACCAAUUGCCAAGAUCGGAUUAGCCGGAAGACAAAGACCUGACCCCCAGGGACUCUCCCCAUCCCCAGUGCUGUUGCUAGGAGAACAGGUCGUGCUUUCCUGGGAUUCCUUCUCUUCCUCAAUAAACGUUU